AUGUCCCAGUACAUCCUCGGGAUCUUUUUCCUGGCAACUAUGAAGGCGAGAGGGGAGCUGCCGUUCAUUGCGGAAAACAACGCGGCUAUGAUGGUAAACUGGAAUGCAGUUGAAGAAAACAAAAAACUAUAUGCAAUUUAUGACACAAGCGUGAACGAUCCCGGCAACAUGUCCUUCGUGAAAGAAACUGUGGAUAAAUUGUUGAAGGGCUACGACAUCCGCCUCCGGCCGGAUUUUGGAGGUCCGCCCGUCUGCGUGGGGAUGAACAUCGACAUCGCCAGCAUCGACAUGGUUUCCGAAGUCAACAUGGAUUACACUUUGACUAUGUAUUUUCAACAGUACUGGAGAGAUAAGAGGCUGGCUUAUGCCGGCAUACCUCUCAACCUCACGCUUGAUAACCGAGUGGCAGAUCAACUCUGGGUGCCUGACACUUACUUCUUAAAUGACAAGAAAUCAUUUGUGCAUGGCGUUACCGUGAAGAAUCGAAUGAUUCGCCUUCACCCAGAUGGAACAGUGCUUUACGGCCUCAGAAUCACAACCACUGCAGCUUGUAUGAUGGACUUGAGAAGAUACCCGUUAGAUGAACAAAACUGUACUCUGGAAAUAGAAAGCUAUGGCUACACAACUGACGACAUAGAGUUCUACUGGAGAGGUGGAGAUAACGCGGUCACGGGCGUGGAGAGGAUUGAGCUUCCUCAGUUCUCCAUUGUGGAAUAUAGACUGGUGUCAAAGAAUGUCGUCUUUGCCACAGGUGCCUAUCCAAGACUCUCACUGAGCUUCAGGUUGAAGAGAAAUAUUGGAUACUUUAUUCUUCAAACCUACAUGCCCUCCAUACUGAUUACCAUUUUAUCAUGGGUGUCAUUCUGGAUCAAUUAUGAUGCAUCAGCAGCAAGAGUUGCCCUUGGAAUUACAACUGUGCUGACUAUGACAACAAUCAACACUCACCUGCGAGAGACUUUGCCUAAAAUUCCCUAUGUUAAAGCCAUUGACAUGUAUCUUAUGGGCUGCUUUGUAUUUGUCUUCUUGGCCUUACUUGAAUACGCCUUUGUCAACUACAUUUUCUUUGGAAAAGGCCCUCAAAGGCAGAAGAAACUUGCAGAAAAAACAGCAAAGGCAAACAACGAUCGCUCAAAGUUUGAAGGCAACCGGGUGGACACCCAUGGAAACAUUCUGCUAACAUCACUUGAAAUUCACAACGAGGUGGCAAGCAAUGAGGUCACCACCAGCAUUACAGAUGCCAGAAAUUCAACAAUAUCCUUUGACAACUCAGGAAUCCAGUACAGAAAACAAAGCUCACAUCGCGAAAGCCUUGGAAGGCGUUCGUCAGAAAGAACAGGCUCCCACAGCAAGAGGGGCCAUUUACGAAGAAGGUCUUCGCAACUGAAAAUAAAAAUCCCGGAUCUAACAGAUGUGAAUGCCAUCGACAGGUGGUCAAGAAUGGUGUUUCCAUUCACAUUUUCUCUUUUCAACUUAAUUUACUGGCUAUACUAUGUUAACUGA